AUGCCGACCCUUAGAGAGUCGCUCAAGAGACAAAGAAAGUCGCCCUCAAACCCCGAAAACGCCCGCAGUGCUCUGCGCCCAGCCGGAAAACGCAUCUCCUCGCCAUCGCAAACGGUGGACAUUGACGAGCCCCACACGUACACCCCACCGAAGCACUACUUCCAGACGUCGUCCUUUGACGAGGCCGAUCUGGACGGGCCGGAGGGCGACGGCAUCGCGCGGAAUCCGCUCGAUCGGGGCCCGUACUUUGACAUUUCGGCCUCCCGGAAUGUGACCGCGCUCGUCGGCAACACGGCGUACCUCAACUGCCGGGUGCGGAACCUCGGGAACCGGACGGUAUCGUGGAUCCGCCACCGGGACCUGCACCUGCUGACGGUGGGCAAGGCCACCUACACGUCCGACCAGAGGUACCAGAGCGUCCACAAUCCGGCGCUGGACGAUUGGUCCCUGAAGGUGCUCUACCCACAGCCACGUGACUCUGGCGUGUACGAGUGUCAGAUAUCUACGACGCCCCCGGUGGGAUACUCCAUGACACUAUCCGUAGUCGAGCCCAUCACGACGAUAGUGGGCGGUCCGGAUUUGUACAUCGACACCGGGUCGACGGUGAACCUGACCUGCAUCGUGCGUCAUCUGCCGGAACCGCCGCCGCUCAUCCUGUGGACACACAACAGCGAGGAAAUCAACUACGAUUCGCCACGUGGCGGCGUGUCGGUGAUAACGGAGAAGGGUGACAUCACGACGUCCUAUCUCCUGAUCCAGCGGGCGAAAACCUCCGACUCGGGCAAGUAUACGUGCUCGCCCUCGACGGCCAAUCCGAUCACGGUGAACGUGCACGUGCUCAACGGCGAACAUCCGGCGGCGAUCCAGAGCGGCCACUUGCUGCGGAGUAAUCUCAUCCUGGCCGGGUUCUGCACGGGCCUGCUGCUCCUGCUGUCCAUCUACAGGGUCAGCGGUGGUGGCGACCGGUCCUCGACUGUCAGAUAAAACUGACCAUAAAUCAGCCUCCCCCCGAAAGAGAGCGAAAAAAGGAGCGCUUCGUGAAUGAUUCAACGAGGACUUCAAGUGUAUGUGUGCGUGAAUGAAAGUGUGAGUGUGUGCGAGAUUGUCACUGCACCAGAUAGUAUAUACACUUAGUGAAAGAUAGUUGACCCUAGCGUAUAAAAUAUGAUGACCAUUCGAAGAAGAAGAAGAAAAACACGAGGACAACGAGCAAAUGUUACAGAGUUUGACGGCAAACUUACACACACAUACACGUUGGAAACAAGUGGAAUCCAGCCGGAAAUUUAUAAUUGGAAAGGAAAAGCUCUCGAGCGUUGCCAGCAGUUGUAACUGCAGUUACAGAGUGUUACUCCGGAAAAACUGGGGUGAAAAUGGUGGCUCUUUCCUUCCUGCUUUUUUUUUUUGCUGGGUCGGAGCACUUGACUUAACCCGCGUCAAAGUUUCAAAAUGAUGGCAGCUCACUGCGCCAGCAAAGUGAUGAUGGUCAGUUCCGGGGGGUGUUGGAAAAAGUGGUAAAGUUUUUCGAAAGAAACAUGCUGUUGGGCUAAUUAUGGGGGAGUUUUUUGUUCAGAUUUUAUCUCGGGGAAUGGUUGAACAUUCAGGAAGCUGAAAAAUGGUUCCAAGUUGUAGUUCGUGGAAGGACUUCGGAUCAUUUUUGUUGAAGGUUUGUGGUACAAAAAAUGUAUUUUUAAUUGCAGUCAUGAGGGCGAUAAGAAACAAUUAUUACUUGCCAAGAUUUAAAGAUUAAACGUGUUUUAAAUCUGAAGAAACAGAAGUUUGUUGAGCGCAAGUUUGACAUUUUCGUAAAAAAAACAUAUUUCUGGGGGAAAAAGGCAAAAAGAUUUUUGAUUUUAUAAAACACGUAACGUAAACCGGGCUGACAUUGAUAGAAUUUCAAUUUAUUUUUGAAAUAUUUUCCAACUGAUAAGGUUUGUCUUAAUAUUACUAUUUUUAAAACAUGUACUAGGGUAGG